ACUUUUCAUCCAUCAAACAGAUAUAUUGGACAACUUAGUCAUUACUAGACCUUUUUGGGAUAUUCAAUUCUCAGCUCUUAGUUUGUAUGCAUGGGAGGAUCAUCACGAACUAAAACUCAACUUAUGUAGUAAGACAUUUGGCAGGCACUGAUCCACAGAGGUCUUGAUCAGAACACGUUUGCUAUUUUAGUUGUUUAGACUUUAGAGAACAUAGGAUUUAUGAGAGGAAAUCUCUGAAGGUUGACCAACCGAAUUAGGUCAUUAGCAGUUUGUGACUUGGCAUUAAGAUAAUUUUCCACACUGAGUGUUGUUUCUUCUUCAAAAAUAGCUCCAUCAUUGCUCUAGAGUGACGUAUUAUUUUCUGCAUAAGGUUCUCCAGCAAUUGGGGAGAGAAAAAACAAAAAUCUGAUCAGAGUUUGGCCAUCUUAGAUACUUCCGGUGAACUUGUGAUGCAAGCCAUCUAGUUCUGCAUGCUAGUAUCAGUUGAAACUGUCUUCGUGGCUUUGAUCCAACAAACUCAUCCUGUAUGCAUUAGAUUUGUCAAUUGGCUUCUCUUUCUCAUUUCACUCUACUGCGAUCUUGCUAAAUCUCAUGUCACAGUAUUACCGUUCGGAUGAUAAAUCAAUCAAUUGAGACCACAUGUUCAAAAAUAUUUUUUUAAGAAAAUACAACUAUAUAAGAAUAUAAAAUAUACCAAAAAAUAUGGGAUCAUUUUAAACAUCUUGAGUUAUAAUUUUAUCGAGGCAUAAGAUAAUUUAUGAUUUUGAUUCCAAGAUCGCAGGAUCUCUUUCAUUUUUUUUUUUUUUCAUAUUGUUAACAAUCUAAAGAUAGGAUUACAUGAUGACUAAUAUAAAGAGGACUAAAAAUUUUUUCAUUGUUUUACAAUCACUUCAAAACCAGUCUGCUCUGACUGGACCGAUUGGUUCUUUUGAUGCACAGGAAACUGAUAGAUUGAACCCGGUUUAUUCUGAUUGUUUUAUCAUUUUUGAAGCAACUGGUAAAUUGGACAGAUCAGAAGUCCACUUAGUUUUUCAUUUGGUCCAGCCUGUCUGGUUCAUUUAUCAGUAUGAAUAAAUAGAGAACAGGGGAGGUGUUCAGCUUUCUCUUUUAAGUACAGAAAUGGUCCGGUCUUCAUAGAAGAGGGAAAGAGGCCAUAGAAAAUAUAUAGAAUGUUAAAAGAAAAAGGUUGCAUUCUCUUAAUUUUCUGUGCCUAUCAUGGGAAUCCAUAGGAAAAGCUCUUGGUUAUAAGGAAAGCAUGUUUUGUCUUCUUCGUUCCAGUGGCAAUGUGUCUAUAAGAUCAACCAAAGCAUCUCUCUUUUGAUUUUUGUGCAGCUCAGUAAUACUCAAAGCAACUGUAAUUUGAUUUUAUGAAAAUUCUUGGAUUCUUAUAUGCUUUCCUGGGAAUGCUACAUAUUACUUUUUGCUACUAUUUUGUAUUUUCACAAUUUCUUAUAUUCAUUUUCACUGCAAUAUACAAUAACAAUUCAUUCAACAUCUAGCAAACUACUAGAUGUCCAAUAUCAACAAAAACCAAACCUUUUAUAGAUGAAAUCAUGCAUUGUAUAUAAUUCUAUGUUAUAAUUGGUGCUCCUUGUCGUAGAUCAGUGCUUCUUAACAAAUGUGUAUAUUGACACCACCAUAGAUUGGAUUUUAUGGAAUGAAAGACAUACAUCUGAGCUUUGAACAAAAAGAUCUUGAUGAACUCUUCCCCUAAUAUGAGAUGGAGUUAGCUGCACACUGAAAUCAUCUGGUUUGAUCCUCAAUGCAUCUGAUCAUAUGAAACCAAGGUCCAGGAUUCUCUUAGUUUUUUUCCUUGGAUAUAUGCAGUGGGAUCUCUUGUUAUGCUAUUCAACCAUAUCAAUGGAAAUCCAAUAACUUUGGUGCACUUAAACCUUUGGGAGGUUAAUCAAAGGAAAUCCAAUAACUUCAAUGAGCUUAAGCCUUUGGCAAGAAGAUAAUGGAUGAAUGUAGUGGCUAAACAUCCAAAAAGUGGCUUGAGUUAUUUUGCAUCUUCUUUGGAAACCUCACAGUGUUGACAAGAGAUCAAUGAACAGAGUUUGCAUGGGGUAUUGCUGAUUGGAACCAUCCUUUUGUGGAUCAUUAGGCCUAAUCUUCUCAACAGUGGCCCUGCCACAUUUGCUGAAGAUUUCAUCGAGAAGACGAGGAGCUUCUUUGCCAGUUGAUGCCAUCAAAGUGAAAUCCCUCUCAUCCUUCUAUCAGUGGCUUUCUUAUGCAUAGCAGUUGGAACUCAAAUCUUGGAGUGUCUGUGGCUGAACUCAAUGCUGGACUGGAUUUGCUGACCAAUAUACAAAUUGCUAUAUGCUUGUAAGUAAUGGGGUAUGGGAAUGGAAAUUGACCAAGAAAUGAAGAGGGAACAAGGACUUCAUGGUGGAUCAAUGAAAAUGGAAGAAGAUGGCAGUACUGCACCUGAACUUGUAGCAAAUUGAUGAGAUUAAACAGGGACUUCAAUUCAGACAAAUUAUAAUGGUUUCUCUUCAUGACAGAUGAAGAUAUGAUACAAAAGUGUAUAGAUAUUGUGCUGGACUGUAGAUCAGCUGCCGAUUAUGUUUAGUAGAAUAAUAUGCAUGAUAUAAAGAUGAGCAAAUAUAGAUUCGGAAGCCUACAUGUGAUUACUGUUUAUCACGAUUGAUAUGGAAUGUUACGGAGAUUGACAGUAGAUUAUAUCUGAACAGUUGAAGUUUAUGUCAAUUAAAGUUCAGUCUCUGAUGUGCUUACAGCAUUAAACAGCCACAGAACAUGGGAAACUUAAUCUAAUAUUAACCACUGGAGACUCAGUUCAUGUCUUUGAGUUCAUUCAGAAGAAAUAAAAAAAAACGAACGUAUACAUAUCUAGAUUUAUAGUGUCUCAAAUUCUUGACUUAAUUCAGACAUGCUUUUGUAUAUGCUGUAGAAUAUGUGUAGGAACUUUUACUUGAAGAUGAGAAAGCCAGUUGGUCAUGUUCUGAAAAAGAGAGAUUAAUGAAAAAGGAGCAUAAAGAUGCAACAAAGAUUACCUGGGGCAUGUUCAUGUUGGUGUUUCAAGACUUCAUAUUGAUGAGCAUGGCACUUCUGUUUUCAUGUGCAUCUAAGAGCAUCUCUUGCUGCAGAAACAGUCUCAAUCUCACCAAAAUUUUUGACCUAAACAAUGGAGGAUUUGUGAGCUUAUGGCAUUACAUACAUAUCUGAUUUGCCUGUCUGAGACAAUUUUCCUUUUCUAUAUCAUACUGCAUUGUUCUCUCUGAGGGUUUGGUGACACUCCGCGAUACUGCCCCUAUCUUUGGAUCUCCCAAAUCUGAGCUUGAAAGUACCACCACAAAUCAGCACCUCUUACUUUGUCACAAGUCUUUCUUCAAGGAAGAACAAUAACUCAAAACAAUUUCCAGAGUGCAGCUUAGAAUCAGACAUUAUAUACAUAAUGGUUAUGCAACCAAUACUUACUGGAGAAGAAUUAGAAAAGUUUGAAUCAGUAAUGCUUCAUCCCCAUGGGGUAUGUGAUUGAUUGCCAUAUCAAAAUUCUUCAGAGAUAAGAAAGCUGUGACAUUGCCAUGAAGCAUAUGGGACAAGGUUAUCAUACUGUGGGCAAAUUCUCUUCUUUGUUAAGAAGAUUCUUUUAGCAAAAAUAGAUCUUUCUUCUUGUACAUGUGCCAUUUUGUUCUUGGCAGUGCUCGGUAUGUAUCUUGCAAACCGAGUCAUCCAAUGUCCUGUGAAGUGAGCUGAGGCAGACACAACAAAAUGUAGCUCUUUUGGACUCCUGCGAUUGGCCGCCACAAUGGUCUGCUCUCAAACCCUCGUGGCGUUUGUGAGAUCAUCAACCGGUGAAGGUGUUGGAAUCUCCUGAUGUGUCGCGCCGGGCAGCGAACUGGAAACGCCGGCGGCGCCCGGAGCGAACCCCGAACGGUACCUUAUCCGCUGUGGGCCCCGCUCGCCGCGUCUUCUAUGGUCGUACGCCGUCCGAUCCGAAGCAUCGGACGGUUGCGGUCUCGUCCCACUCGAACCCGCGUCCGCUUAUCCGCGUUGGAAGCAUGGAGAGGAGGAGCGAGAGAAGGGUGAAGAGAGAAAGGGGAGAAAAGAGGGGGGGCAGGCCAUACCCGUGGACGAGAAGUCCGCCCCGUGCUAGUUUCUCCCGCCGCCUCUCCAGUUCGCCGAACCGAAUCAUGGAGGGAAAGCCUCGGCGCGCCGCGCUGGUUUUCCUGGUCGCCUUUGUUGCCGUGGCGGCGGGCUCGCCGGCCUGCCCCAGGCCCUCCGUCGUAGACACGAUCCUGGGUCGGCCGGACUCUUGCUGGGAUUCGGAUUCUACGCUGCCUCUCGGUGCUUAUCAGAUCGGCGUCGUUGAGGGAGAUGAAGCUACUUUGCAGAAGGCAUCGAGUAUGGUGCAAAAGAACAGGGAGGACUAUGUGGCCCUGCUCUUUUAUGCAUCCUGGUGUCCUUUCUCUAAAAUUUGUCACCCAAAUUUCCAGAUCUUGUCUAAAUUAUUUCCAACCAUCCGUCAUUUUGCAUUUGAAGAAUCUGUUAUCAGGCCAAGCAUACUCUCAAGAUAUGGAGUGCAUGGUUUUCCAACCCUUCUUCUUCUAAAUUCAACUAUGAGGGUGCAAUAUCACGGUUCACGAACCAGAAAUUCUCUAGUUGCUUUUUACAAUCAUGUAACAGGUGUCGGUCCAUCACCGAAACUGGUCUUCCUGGAUAAUGUUAUGGAUCCGCCAGAUGAUACUGAGCUCAAAGAAGACAUGCAGGAAAACUGCCCAUUCUCAUGGGCAAGAUCACCAGAGAAACUGCUGCAGCAGGAUGGUUAUUUGGCACUUGCGAGUGGUUUCCUGCUGAUGAGGCUGCUUUACUUCCUUUUUCCGAGACUUAAUGCAUGUUUUCAGCGAGCUUGGAGGAGGCAGAUGCGAUAUGCGAGCGUGAGGAAUCUCUGGAACUAUUUCCAGGCAUACACUGAACAGGCAAAGCAGGAAGGCAGUAGGUUGCAUCCAUGCGAGCGGCAUCAUCUGCAGGAAGGUGCAAUGAGUGCCAGAGCCUGGGCUUCCCAGUCAUUAGCGUCGGUCACUCUUGGCGAACCUAGUUCUGGGAGAGCAUACUCUACGGGUCGAGAAAAAUUAGGCUAAGAUGCGGCUGGUUGGCUUUAAUUGUUUGUAUAGUUGAUUACGUAGUCAAAAUCCGUUUUGUGUUUUGGUUAUUGGUUGCAACAAUUCUUCCACAUUCUCUUUUACUCCAAGAUGCUCGAAUUUGCUCAGUAAUCCCUGUGGAUGAUGUUAUUGGUUGCAACAAACAAUUCUUCCUUGUUGAUGAUGCUAUUUUUUGGUCA